AACCACCCACGAGCCCGCGUCGGUGCCCGCCCCGCAGGGGGACCUACUAUCCGGCGCCGAGCCGGAGGGGGAAAACGGCGCCCGCCGCCCGCCCGGAGCCGGCGAGCAGCCCCAGUCCCCCCCCACCCGCGCGUGGCGGCGCCGGCUCCCUAGCCGCCGCGGCCCCACCCUCUUCCGGCCUCGGCUGUCCGGGCCGCGCUUGCCACCGCCUGUGGAUGCUGCGCCUCUCUGAACGCAACAUGAAGGUGCUCCUUGCCGCCGCCCUCAUCGCGGGGUCCGUCUUCUUCCUGCUGCUGCCGGGACCUUCUGUGGCCGAUGAGAAGAAGAAGGGGCCCAAAGUCACCGUCAAGGUGUAUUUUGACCUGCGAAUUGGAGAUGAAGAUGUAGGCCGGGUGAUCUUUGGUCUCUUCGGAAAGACUGUUCCAAAAACAGUGGAUAAUUUUGUGGCCUUAGCUACAGGAGAGAAAGGAUUUGGCUACAAAAACAGCAAAUUCCAUCGUGUAAUCAAGGACUUCAUGAUCCAGGGCGGAGACUUCACCAGGGGAGAUGGCACAGGAGGAAAGAGCAUCUAUGGUGAGCGCUUCCCCGAUGAGAACUUCAAGCUGAAGCACUACGGGCCCGGCUGGGUGAGCAUGGCCAACGCAGGCAAAGACACCAACGGCUCCCAGUUCUUCAUCACAACAGUCAAGACGGCCUGGCUAGAUGGCAAGCAUGUGGUGUUUGGCAAAGUGCUAGAGGGCAUGGAGGUGGUGCGGAAGGUGGAGAGCACCAAGACAGACAGCCGGGAUAAGCCCCUGAAGGAUGUGAUCAUCGCAGACUGCGGCAAGAUCGAGGUGGAGAAGCCCUUUGCCAUUGCCAAGGAGUAGGACCCAGGGACCUCUUUCUUUGAGUGACCAUCUGUGCAGGCCCUGUAGUCUGCCACAGGGCCCUGAGCUGCACUGGCCCCAGUGCUGGCAUCUGGUGGAGCGGACCCAUUCCCCUCACAUUCCACAGGCCCAUGGACUCAGUUUUGUAACAGACUCCUACCAACACUGACGAAUAAAAAAAAAAUGUGGGUUUUUUUUUUUUUUUAUAUA